AUGUUCAACAAUCUCAGCGGUGGCCUCCUCGCCGGCCAGUAUGAUUGCAACAAGGAACGACCCCCUCCUUCGCGACCCGUACCUGCGUCUUUCCCCUCUCUGUCACCCCCGCAACCAUCUCUUGACUCUCCACCGCGGCUAUGGGCGGAGAGGUCUCCAUCCCCUCUUGCUGCUCAUUUCCUCGACUUGAAGAAGCCAUCAGAUGUCAAGCUUGAGACCCUCAAGCUUUUGAACGUCUCCAUCGAACCGCCCUGUGACUUCGAGACGCUCCUUCCAUCCACGUCUGGAACCACCGGACCGUUCCUACCACCCAGGUCAUGGCUCGAGCCUCCAAAUGAUAGUGAAUCAGGAGCUCCUACGACGUCGGCAACCCCCGCAAGUCUGUUAAGUAAUGGUCGGAAAGUACCAACCCGCAAUGACUUCUAUGCGCGGGCCCAAGAGCUACUGUUCAACAAUGCCGACGCCUUUGCAGCUUUGACACGAAAGCCCCUCCCGGGCCAGGUUCGUCCUCGCUUGGCCCAUUUCCGUAAGUUCUGGGAAGGUCUUGAUAAUUGGGCCUACUACUGGGACGAUUCCUUGGACGAGUACUUGCCGCCCAAACAGCCGAACGGAGCAUCCUCAUCCCAAGGUGCCGAUGCGAACCCUCGUGAAGCAGGAGCUCCAGCUGACCUCUCAUCACCCUCAACAAACCUGGAAGAGCCUCGCAAAAAGAUGAAAACCGAAACAACCGUUGCUGCUGCAUCCGAACCACCCGCUCUCCCGGGGUUGGGAGAGAGCGAUAUUCCCCUCCUAGACGAGACCACGAUGCCCGUUCAACAGAAAACUUCCUCCAUCUCCUCCAGCGCCUCCCUCCCCGCCCGCACCGUACCUCCCAAACUCCCCUGGGCGACGAACAUCCAUGCCGUAUUCGAAGCGCCUGUGGACCUGUCCAAUGGCUCCUAUCGAGGCUAUCGCAUCGGAAAUGGCCCCGAGAUGCCCGACCAGUACCGUCUGGAGUGCGUGCGUGGAUUCCUAGAGGGUGUAGCUUGGGCGUUUGGCGUGAUAUUUGCGCCGCAUCGUCGCCCGCCCGUGCUGUGUCUCGAGCAUGUAAGGUUCCCCGUGAGGAUGAAUACUGCUGGGUGGAGGGCACCGUCCGAUAGGAUGAAGGCGAGGCAGGGGUGGUUGGAAGGGCCGCUGAUUGGAAUCCAAUGUCGACCAGAGACGAGUUUUGGUACGGAGACAGAUGCUGUGCUUGAUGUUGCUCGCGAGCUGGGAGGGUUGUUGCUGCUGGCUCAGGAGCGCGCUAGGGAGGGGAGAACGGAGACCAAGGCUGGCGAGGGGAAGUGGUGGACGACGAAGCCUCGGUGGGGUGGUGGGCCUGGUGGGGAGAUUGGCGAAGCCGCCGGCGCGAGUGAUGCUCCGGCGAUGGAACCACCCGCGAAGGAAGAGAAGCCGAGUGUUCGGAUGCGAUUGGGUCAAAAGGAUCGGAAGAAACCAUCGCCGGCUGAAGUUUGGAAGGUGCUCAAGCCGGGGAACCCACUCUGGGACCCGAGGAUUGUCUAUGAGGCGAUUGGAAAGGAGACGGAUAGUGAUUGGGAUGAGGUCUUCAUGGUAUCCUCGCUGAACCACCACAUUAGCAUUUUGAAGCUCCGGGUACAUCGAUUGUACUUGCGGUUCCUUGAGGAGGGCACCUUACCCGAACACAAACAAGACCCUUCGGAUCUCCCUUGGUUCUCUCCUUCCUUGCAGAGGACCAAAUGGUUCGAUUUGUUCAAAGUGGAAGACCGCACAGAGGCCAUGCGAGGUCUAUGGGGUAUUAUGCAUUUUCUGAUGCAAUCUCGAGAGAAGACGGCAGGGAGCGAGGAUGCUAUGAAGGGAGCAUGA